GGCCGCAGACCUGACAGAUGCUCCCUUCUCCCUUUCUAUAUCCACUUUUAGGACAAACAAAAUUAUUUCAAAUGCCGUAGAUUUCGCUUCUUUUUAUUAAAAUUAUAAAUUUUUUUGCUUUUUAGUUUAUUACAAACUUCAAAUUGAAAACAGGAUGAUAAUGACUGUGAUUGAAAGUCUUUAAUAAAAAUGGAUCAUCACGAGGAACAGGUCAAUGAAAUAGAAGCCUUAGACUCAAUCUACUGCGGCGAAUUUGAAAUUCUCUCCAAGUUACCGUUUCAUCAGUUCAUGAUCCCAGUGAGAGCCGAAAGUGACGAGAAUGACAUCUGUUUGUCUUGUAAUCUACAAUUCACGUACACACCAAAGUACCCUGAAGAAAUUCCAGAAAUUGAAGUGUUAGAUGCAGAAAAUUUUGAAGAGACCAAAAGAUUAGUCGAACACCUGAAAGAAGUUGCCCAAGAAAAUGUGGGCAUGGUGAUGAUUUUCACGCUCGUCUCGGCAGCUCUGGAGUGGCUAAAUCAACUUAGCGACAAAAUAAAAAGUCACAAAGAAGAGGCGGAACGAAAGAGGGUUGAAGCUGAAGAAGAGGCUGAAAGGAAACGGUUUGAGGGCACCAGAGUGUCUGUCGAGACUUUCUUAAAGUGGAAAAAGGCCUUCGAUGAAGAGAUGUCUGUUUUCAAAAAGAAGGAAAAGGAAAAAGAUAGCAAAAAACUGACCGGCAGAGAAUUGUUCUUGCAGGACAAGACGCUUAAUGAGUCUGACCUCAAAUUCCUUGAAGAAGGAGACGACUUCAAAGUGGACGAAACGCUUUUCGAAGAUUUGGAUGAGCUCGAUCUGGACGAGAUUGACGAUGAGGAUCACAGCUAGUCUCCCCGCCUUUUGUAAUUAUCCAAUUGUAAUAAACGCCUCUUUCAACGUUGAGAAUCACAUUUA